ACUAACGGCGCGCCAUAUUCAACACGUUUGUUCAUUUCGUUGCAUGUGCUCUCUUCUUUUACUGCCACGCCAACGACAAGAUGGGAUUUGGGGACCUGAAUAAAAAGUCUGGAAUUGAAGCUCUCAAUGACUUUUUAGCUGACAAAAGUUACAUCGAAGGAUAUGUACCUUCACAAGCUGAUGUGGCUGUCUACCAAGCCAUAUCAAGCAGUCCAUCCCCAGAUCUCAUCCAUGCUCUUCGUUGGUUCAACCACAUAAAAUCCUAUAGCAAGGAUUUUGGUAGUUUGCCGGGUGUCAAGAAACCUGCCUCUGAAUAUGGGCCAGCAGGAUCCGGGGCACCAGCAAAGGCAGCCGCUGAUGAUGAUGACGAUGAUGAUGACAUCGACUUUUUUGGAUCAGAUGAUGAGGAGGAUGCAGAGGAGUUGGCAAGAAUAAAGAAAGAACGACUAGAUGCAUACAAUGCCAAGAAAUCAAAAAAACCUGCACUAGUGCCUAAAUCUAAUAUCAUCUUGGAUGUGAAACCAUGGGAUGAUGAAACAGAUAUGGCCGAGUUGGAGAAAAGUGUGAGAUCAAUAGAAGCUGAUGGUCUUCUUUGGGGAGCAGGUAAAUUUGUCCCUGUUGCCUAUGGGAUUAAGAAACUGCAGAUUGCAUGCGUUGUUGAAGACGACAAGAUAGGAACAGAUUUCUUAGAUGAGAGUAUUACAUCUUUUGAAGAUUAUGUACAAAGUGUUGACGUCGUUGCAUUUAACAAGAUCUAAAGUGCGUCGACGUUUGAAUUUCUAGGCGUGUGUAUCUAUCAACUUUAAAAGUUCAUUAACACUCCAGUACUUACUGCCAAGGCAAUAAAAAAAAAUUAGGAGUUUACUCGUACUGAAAUUGAUAAUUGUAAUGUUGAUGGAAUUUGACAUCAUUGUCAAGCACCUUCUGUAUCGCGUCAUUUAAUGAUUGAAAGUCUAAUAAUAAAUAUGAAAAA